AUGGCAUGGCAAGGGCCGAGCUGUGUUGCUCGCGCUCUUAGAUCUGCGCAGAAUAGCUUUCGACGGGAAGCUCACCUCUCCCGCACAACAUGUCUAUCCGCGAGCACGACACAUCCGCAGUCUCAAAGACGCUCAUUAUCGACAUCACCCGAGCAACAAGUUGAAAUCACCGCUGCUCCUCCAAUUGACACGACGAAACUGAAAACUACCCCCCAACGCAUUCUCCCUGCUUCGCCUGCCUAUUUUACCGGAACUCCGAAAUUUAUCGACCAUGUGUUGAAGCUGGAACAGAUACACAGUAAAUACUUCAUGCUACCUACUGUCCCUGCAGGUGAAGCACCACGGACGGCGUUUCUUAAACACUCAGAUUACAAAAAUGCAAUAAAUGAGGAGGUGCCUGCUGCCAAAUAUCGCCAGCUCCAGAAGAUUCUCUCCAGAUUAAACCAGAUCCGACCGGACAAGGUGCCCCAGGAAGUGAAAGAUAUCCUCAAAACUUUCACACGACCUGGCGAUCCCUACCAGCAGAAAAUUGUACUCAAGAAGCUCGAUGAGAUGGGCAGGGCUAGAGGCGUUGGCAGACGAAAAACAUCGCAUGCGACAGUGUGGUUGGUUGAGGGCGAAGGGAAAGUGCUAAUCAAUGGCAAAAACAUUGUCCAGGUCUUCCCUCGCGUCCACGACAGGGAGAGUGCUCUCUGGCCUUUAAGGGCGACGAAUCGGUUGGACAAAUAUAACGUUUUUGCUGUCACGCGAGGUGGUGGUGUUACGGGUCAAGCAGAAGCUAUUACCGUUGCUCUGGGGAAGGCUCUAUUGGUUCAUGAGCCAGGGAUGAAGCCAAUUCUGAGGAAAGCCGGUUGUAUCUCGACGGAUCCUCGACAAGUCGAGAGAAAGAAGCAUGGUCAUUUGAAAGCCAGAAAAAUGCCCGCCUGGGUCAGACGGUGA